CCUCACCGCGCGGCCCUCGUCGACCGCCGCAUGACGACCGAGCUCACGAUCUCGGGCGUACUGCCCCGCACGCUGUACGCGAGUGCGCUCGAGCGCCUGUCUGGCUUUGCCGAGCGCGGCGAAGCCUUCAUCGCGAGCGAGGAGGUGUUCGCCCGCAACACGGUCUCUGGGAGCACAGACGGGCCCGGUUCAGCGGCGGCGGCAGAUGCAGGAGGUGUGCUGCGCGUCAAGGCGGUGCGCACUCGGUCAACUGGGGACGCGGCGCAGUGGUCGCUGCAGGUCAACGGCCGGCCCGAACCACCACGCACAGCACCUCGAGCGCAGCAGCACGCCGCCACCGAGUUCUCGGUCGAGGACGGCAGCGACCCUCGCUCGUUCGCGAGCGCACUCGGCUACGGGAAGAACCUGUUCACGCUGCACCGGCGCGGCGUGCGGUUCCAGCGUGGGGCCGUCACGGUCGAGCUCUUUCAGCUGCACGAGGACAACGACUCGCCGACCCCUCUCGACCCCUCGUCGUACGCCGUCUGCGCCUCGACGCGCUUUACCGCAGCGCCCUCGACCUCGAACAGCGGCAGCAGCACCGUCGCACGAGGUGGUACCGGCGGCGGGGCAGCAGGAGCGAGCGCGGGCGGAGGUGGAGGAGGAGGUGCGUCGCACGAGUUGCGCGAGGCGAGCCUCGCUGCGCUCGAGGACGUGGCGCGGUUGCUCAAGGGGCUCGUAGACCUCUCUCGCGUCGAUUGAAAGCAGCUCCUCUCUCUCUCUUUGCGAGCGAGCCGACACGUCUG